UGCGUUUGGCUGGGAAGGAUGCCUGCCAGGCAGGAGGGGCGUGGGGCGAGGCUCCGCAGGGGAAGGGAGCAGAGCCGGGGCAUGCCGCGACACAGCCCGGGCGGAGCAGCCCGGGGGAUCGCGCCUGGCUGCCCUGCGCUGCAAGCGGAAGGGGCCGCAGUUCUCGUGCUCAGCCGGAGCCGGGCGCCCCGGGACCCCGGGCUACAGGGGAUGCCCCGGCGGGGGCCGGCCCGGCGGCCAUGACCCCCCCGCAGGUGCUGAAGGAGGGGGUGCUGGAGAAGCGCAGCGGGGGGCUGCUGCAGCGCUGGAAGAAGAAGCGCUGCCUGCUGACCGAGGAGGGGCUGCGGCUCUUCGAGCCCGGCAGCUCCCGCUGCAAGGAGCUGGGCUUCGCCCGCAUGCGGGCGGUGGAGUGCGUGGAGUGGAAGCGGCGGCACGUCUACUUCACCGUGGUGACCGACAGCGGCUGCGAGAUCGACUUCCGCGGCCCGCGGGAGGAGCCCGGCUGGAGCGCGGAGAUCGGCCUGGGGCUCGUGCGCUUCCAGAACCGGCUGGCCAUGCAAAGUGUGCGGGCCCGGCACGGCGCCAGGGCGGCGUUCCAGUACGACCCGGCCCCGAGCGGCCAGGCCACAGACCCGGAGGGGCUCAAGGGAAGGACGGGGAUGGCGGAGGGGCACUCGCCCGCCAGCGGGGAGAACGGAGUCCCUGGCUAUGAGUGAAAGUGGAGCCCUGGCUUUAAGAGGGACAGCAGGCGUUUCAGCGCCAAAGGCCCGAUGAGCCUGGACCGCGUGUGCCGCUAGCUGCUGAGAACCGCCCCCCUCCCUGCUGGGCCAUUCCUGCUUCCCAACAGCCAUAGGCGGCUGCAUCAUUCUCCAAGCGCUCCGUAUAGCUUGGCCCAGGGAUCCGGGGCCCACUGGUCCAGUCGAGGGCCUGCAGGAGAGGCAGGAAGGGGAGCACCUGGGGGAUAAAAGCAAGAACCAAAGCAGGAUUGUUUUGCGCUUCAUCAGCCUGCUGCUGGCUGGACGUC